AAUGGCUACCACUCUUGAAUCAAUAAAAAAAGAAAUAAUUGCAUAAAAAGAAGCUUAGAAUGGAGAAUUAGAAGAUUUAGAUAUUGAAGGAAUAGCAAUUGGUCAAUUUGAUAAUCAAUCAGCAAAUCUAAUUCAAUAACAUUAGAAUCUUAUAAGUUUGAGUCUUGUUGAAUGCAAACUCAAAAACUUGGAAGGAUUCCCUAAAUUGAAUAAUUUGGAAAAUCUAAUUUUGGAGGCAAAUCAAUUAGAUGGAUAAGCUAUAUCUUACAUAAGCAAAAAUUUCAAGUAAUUAGCAUGUUUAAGUCUUGCAGAUAAUAAAAUUUCUACAUUUGAAGUAAGAUAUCACAAUUAAAUAAUAGGAUGUAGAGCCUUUGAAAUAACUAAAGUAAUUACAACAGUUAGAUUUGGCAGACAAUCCAAUUACACAACUUCCUGGAUAUUUCAAUAAAGUUUUCUAGCUCAUUCCAUCUUUAUAAGUGUUGGACAAUAAGGAUAAAGACGGAUAAGAAAUUGAACUUUCUGUAAUAUUAAUUUCUAUAAAUUCAUUAGAGUGGUGAAGACGAACUAGAUGAAUCUGAUGAUUAAGGAGGUAAAGAAGGAGAUGAGGAUGAAGAAGAUGAAUUUGAUGAAGAUGAUGAAUCUGAUCCUAAACCAGUUAAGAAGACUAAGAAAUGAA